AUACUCAAUAGUGACACUCUUCUUCUAUUGGUGUAAGGAAAUACAAAAUUCUUCAAGUAAACAAUGAUUCUAACUUGCUUACAAAGUCAUAACCACGCACGAUAUUAGCAAUAAAAACCCUACCAAAAUCCAUCAUUUCCUACACUCACACACGCUAAUAUCACCAUUACAUUAAUCGUAUACCAUACGUACACACACAUACAAGAGAAAAAAAGAGAGAUGAAAGAUCGGAUUGAGCGUUUUGUGGUAUUGCCGUUUUCAUUGGGGUGCUCAACGCAAUCCAGCGUCGCCGUUGCUGCUAGUCAUCAACACAAGAAACCAAACCAACUCACUGAGAGAAAAGAAGAAAGUGGCUUGUUUCUAAAGGAAGAGACAAAGAUAGAGAACAAUGGUGUUAAUAUCUCAGAUGGUAUCUACAAACUUGUUCGAAGCUUAAAGAGUUUUUCUCACUUCUUCAUAAGAUACGAAGAGGAGAGGGAGGCGGAGAUGGAGAUAGGGCUUCCAACGGACGUGAAACACUUGAGCCACAUCGGAGUUGAUGGAACCAUGACCACUUUUGACUUUUGUUCCACCUCCUCCUCCUCAUCUUUUCCAUUCUCCCGUUUCCAUCUCACUGCCGUCUGAUUUAACUUUUGCAUUCCUAAAGCUUUAAAUCAACUUUUAUAGUAUACAUCGUUUUCUCGUUUUUUUCUUGUUUCACCAUGAUUUUACUGUAUAUAUGGAUUGCGAUAGAGAAAACUUUCGGCUAAAAAAAAUAAACUCAACUCUAAUGUAAAUGAAUUUGUCUCCUUUGCUGUUGUUUAAGUGAAUGUGUGUUGAUAUGUUCUUUUGCCAAAAAAAAAUAUUUUAAAAUUUUGGAUCA